AUGUCCAACCUCGACCGCUUCGUCCUCUCUAAGCUUACGAUUACUAUUUCAAGCUCUCCGGCAAAGCCUCAAGAAGAGAUAUCUGUUGUUUCUUUGAGAAUACAAAGCUAUGGUGAAUCUCUGCACAUUCUUCCUCAGCUCUUAGCUUUGAGUGAACUUGAGUUUAACAAGGUUAAAAUAACUGCCGAAGAGAUCCAAGGAUGGAAGGAUUUGUCUAUAGUUGCAUUUGAAGUUGCGGUUUGGGAACACUUGGGAAAGGAUUAUUGUUCCCCAACUGACCGUAGAUUGUCACUCGAUUGGGACACUGGCAAGACUCAUCAUUACUACCAGUGUCAUGUAGCUUCAGAUGGAAGUUACACGUUCAAGUGUUUUGACAGGGACUUCUUCUUGUCUCUUGAACCCGUUGGAACAUACUUGCAAAAGGUCUUGGGUGAUGAUAAUGUUUUGACGGUCGUAUUUGAGGAUCUCCAGAAAAAUUCGUCAACUUGUAGUAUAGACCCUUACUCUGCAUACAAAAGGAUUGCCAAGAAUGGUAUCAAGAUUGGGUUACGCCGUUAUCAAUUGUUUGUUUUCAAAGAUGGUGGAAAAGAAAAAAAUAAGAAAGACUUUUCUACAACAGGAGUUAAAUGCUACUUUAUACGCACAGACUCCACAUCUGCGAAUGAUCCAAGAAGUUCUUACAUUUUUGGGAAGUCAAUUUAUGAAGCUCGCAUGCAUUUUAUGCACGUGCACACAUUGCCAUCUUCAGACAACUACAUGGUAAGGUUUUCUUUGAUUCUGUCAAAGACUAAGAAGCUUGAAGUUGACAUGACUGUAACCUUCGAGAUUAUUGAUGAUAUUCACUGCCAUGUACUUUGUUAAUUCUUUUGUCUUUUUGGGAACUCUGUCUUUAAUUUAUGUGUUUGUCCCUAAGAAUAAGUUUGGUUUGUAUGUUUUUUUUUCUUUUUUUGAAAAAGGUCUGUGUUGACAAUUAUAUUAGUGCACUUAGUAAAAUACAAAUAGAGAAAAAUAAUUUUAUAACUUCAAAUU